GGGUAUUAUGGCAUAAUCACUCUUCCAAAUUUUAGUAAAAUGCUUCACAAAACGAGACGGUCGACUCGCAUGACCAGAUUUCCCCUUGUAGACCCCGACUUCCUGUCACUUUCCUCCCAACACAAACAAAACCCAGCCAGCCUACAACACCUCCUUUUCACCACAAAAUUGCUCGUCUUCUCGCUUAUCCCCUCUCACUUCUCAGAACGAUAUUCAGAAUUCUCAGUCUAAACACCCUGCAAAUCCAACUCCCACCCGAAAAACAACCAUGGACCUCUCUAAAAGGCAACAGGCCAUUAAGGACCUCCAAGCCCACGCCGUCGAAACCACCACCAAACUCGAGGCCAUGACCAAAGCCUACAACGAUCUUAAUAUUAAUUAUAAGCUUCUCUCCGACGAGCACGAUAAAAUGGCCAAGGACGUCCGACUUCUGAAGCAGCUGCAAGAUUACACCGGCCUUAAGGGGGAGUUCGACGGGAUCGUUGAAAAGACAGGCUUGCAAUGUACGGGUUGAUGCCGGAUAGGGUUCUUGAGCUUUGUGAGUUUGGUCGAAUCUUCUACCGUGGGAUUGUAUGCUAAUUGAUGGUUUUAUUAGACCUUGAUGGCAUCGAGUACGCGAUCAAGGUAAUUUAGUAUCAGAACAAUCUGCAGUGGGGGAAGAAGGAUGAGAUCCCGGAUGUUGUCAUGGAGAAGUUCUUCGACUUUCUUCGCCAGGUGCGGCGGACGGACAACCUCCCCUCAACAGAGGAUCCAGGUACCCCAGUGGGCAAGGCUUAUCAUGCUUAUUUUAAGACCGUGGCCGAGACCAUGUUUUGAUUCUGUCUAUUGGAAUGGGUAACGUCCUGGAGUGUCGGGUUCUCGGUGGUGUGAUUGGGGGCUGUUUUACAACGGGUAACCUGUGAGAACUUCUGCUAUCACCAGUCAGAAACCGUUGCAAAGAGAACUAGGACUAGAAGCUUAAGUCCCUAGCUGUGCGUUUCCUAACGCUUCUCAUUGUGUUUGUUGAGG